GUAGAGCGAAGUGAGGGCUAUAAAAAAUGUCUCGACGAAAAUUGCGCUAUCUCCUUCAGAUUCGUCGAUAUUCCUCUAAAACUUCACGUGAACGAAUUCUUCUUUUCGCUAUUGAAUUUUAUUUAAGAACUUGAGGCUCACGUUGAAAAAUUUUCAGUCGAUAAUGUCCCACAUCCUGGCAACUUCGACCAAUCCCUAUACAUCGGAGUUCUCGUUCAGUCCGGAGCACCAUCCCUCGGAGAACCCCAGCUGUCCCACCAGGAAAUCCCGUAAAAUUCGUGAGUCAUGGGAUGAUAAGUAUUUUAUCACCGAUAGUCGUAAAAACGGUGCUGACGACAUCGCGAGAAAUGGGAAAUCAUCGGUGGAAAUUAUGGCCAUCCUUCUGCCGUGUGCACACCCUCCGGAUGGUCCCAUAAACAACGUGAAUAUGAGCCUGUGGGGUUUUCAUCUGCAGAAGUACUCGAAGAUCACGAGGUGCCAUCGAAAAGUUGUCAUCUCCAUCAAAAUUACGAAUGUUGGAAAGACAGACACAGAAGAUCGAUUCAUAGUGAUAGACCACGUGACAGACCCACUUACAAUGCGAAAAUCCCGACUGAUGGAGCCGUACGUGAUAAAAAUCCGACAGGAGCAAGUGCUCCAGCUUUACGACCUGACCUUCCAAAGCGUGGUCAAUGCUGAGGCGACCGAGGAGGUGAUAAACAACGAGAGGGAGACUUUCAUCGGUUGCGAUGAUUACUCGGAUCAUCCCACCUGCGGGGAAAUGUUCUACCGAGGGGUGAAGAUACCACACAGUCAGGGCUUCUGCUGCCCCUGCGACACAGAUUUUCCGUUUCAACUCCCCCCAAACUCGACAAGAUGA